AUCAGUUGAACUGGAGUGAAGCGCAAAGACGGACGAUCAGAGCGCUUCUGUCUCCUCACGGAACAUUUUUACUGCUUUUUCCUCGUAUCAUCUUUUUAACUGCUGACGCUUCAAUGAAUACGCGGUUUAACCACCUGCCUCUGGAUGAAGUUGGACUUUUCCUCUUUCCAAACAAACACAAUGUGACAAUGUAAAGUGAAGCGGCUGUUUUUAUCCUUGUUUUGGAGUAUAGUUACUGAUCCGCGGAGAAGGGACUUAAGAAUGGGCAAACUUCAGUCCAAACAUGCGUGCAAGCGCAGAGAAAACCCAGAAGGAGACAGUUUUGUUGUGAACGCCUUCCUCCGGAGAGGGAUGGAGGAAUGUGAGCGGUACAGCGAUCAGAAGCUGAAGAACAUGCAGGAGUUUCCGAAUGCUGAGCUGAAGGAAGGACAAUUCACAGAUCAACACUGUCCCCUAGAGGUGGUUCUUCCUCCAGAGAAGGCUGAGGGCUGUGAAAGCUACCUGCAGUAUCUGCACUCGGAGGACGGGGAGAGGGAGGCGCCCCGAGAUGCAACCAAACCUUUGGGGAAGAAACGAAUAAGCCUGGAUGACCUUGAGUGUGACAUUUCUGUGGAGGAUGACAACCGUCAGGAGUGGAUCUUCACUCUUUACGACUUUGACAACAGUGGGAAAGUCACUAAAGAAGACAUGUCGAGUUUGAUGCACACCAUCUAUGAUGUGGUCGAUGCCUCUGUCAAUCACUCCUGCCACAACAAGAGCAAAACUCUGCGGGUCAAACUGACCGUCACUCCUGAGCCGAGGUGCCACCGAAGGGAAACAGGGGCAGAUCGUUCUCACCAGGAGGAGGGUCGAUCAGCUGACAAGAGGCUGUCCUCGUACAUCAGCAGCAAAGGGCAGAGCAACGAGCCACCGGCCACUGAGGGUCAACAUUACUGUGUGGACGAGAACACAGAGAGGAGGAAUCACUACCUGGACCUGGCUGGUAUUGAGAACUACACCUCCAGAUUUGAAGGAACCACCCCUGUCUUCCCCCCUCAAGAGCCUCAUAGUCGGAGCUCGCAAAGCCAGAGCCGCUCGCGCUCCCAGGAACCCGAAGCCCAAGUUGUCCACCAUCGCCGCUCCCAGGUCAUCGGCGACAGCUACAACCCCGCAGAACCUCGAAGCAAAGGCACGCAGUUCCUAAAAUCCCCCAAAGGAACCUACAAAGGGAACGGAGGCAACAACGGGGCCGGCGGAGGCGGCAAAUCCACUAAAUGCCACGGUUACCACCCUCCCCUGCAGACAGUCCUGCACAGUGGCAGCGCCGCGGCCCACGGAGGCCAGGAUGUUUACCACUUGCCUCACCAAGCCCAACCUUCCUCCAACCACCAUCAGCACCCGCUGCAGUACAGCCACAGUAAACGCCUGAGGGCCAAAACCCGAGAGGCCCUGUCCCCGUCCAAAGCCCCCCUCCAGCCUCAGUCCCACCCCCAGCAGCAGCAGCAGCAGCCCCCGGUGCCCUCCGUACUGCCCAGCCUGGAGAGGGAGCAGGUGUCCUGCCCUCCCGGCAGCCCCGGCUUCGUGGUUCCCAUGGUGCAGCGCCACGAGCACCACCACCACCACGAACACCACCACCACCACCACUACCACCACUACCACCAGACAUGACCGCCCUCAGUGUGCAGAACUCAAACUGUACAGGACCAACCACAACCAACCACACCAGUCUGAAGGACUUAACCCACCGGGGGGAGUUUCUCACGCUCCGUCCAGGAUCUUUUUUUGUUUUUCUUCAUCCUGCGAGCUGAACAGAUACAUCCUGAGAUUUAUAGGAAGAGCAGGUGAUAUUGGACCAGAAGGAUGUUAUUGUGAAGAGAUGUGUGGCACAGUUUUUUGUUUUGUUUUGUAGAUUUUCUGCUGGGAUGGCUGCACUCGUUACACACAGUCAGAGGAACUUUUAACACCCUUUUUUCCCCCCUGCCUGAAGCUUAAAGUCCCUGGAAGCUAUAUGUCACAAUUGUUCUGUGUGAGACCUUUUCCAAAUCAUGGAUCUCAGGUGUAAAGGUGCUGCUGCUCUCAAGCUUCUCACAGAGGCCUCCUUCCUUCUCCUGGAGGUCUGCUGUGGAGUGAGGGGUUUCCUGUAUGGGGAGGGGGGGAAGUAUGAAAUCACCACUGCCAGUUUUAAUGCAAAAAUAUCUUGCUAUAUGUAUAAAAACAAAUCUAUAUAUGUAAACACAUUUUACUGUAUAAUUAUUAUACUCUAUAUGCAUAUGUCACCAUGGAUAUAAUUAUGCAUAUAUGUAUUUUGUCUUUUAUAUAUUUUAAUAAACAUUAUAUAGUUCAUUUA